AUGGCGGAUUCCGCCGGGCUCUUCCAGUUCGCCACUGCCGCCGGCGCCGGCAAUGACAAGAAGCGCGUCGCUGCCGGCGACGGGGUGGGGCCAAAACGGCAGAUGCUGCGGAGGUGCGACCACGUGGCAGCACAGGUGUUCAACCCGCACGCCGCGUCCGGGUUGGACCACGCUUCCACGGAGGAGUUGUGGAAGCGGGCCAGCCAAGGCAACAAAAAGGUGCAAUACUUCACGGAGCUGGCGGAUGAGACCCCAGAGCGCCGGGGAAUCGGAAUCUCGAGGACGGCGGAGGUCCUCAAGGGCGAGCAGGUUGAGCGCGGGAUCGAUUCGGCGUCGUCGGACGACGAAGACCACGUGGACGAAGAUUACCCGUCUUCCUUGGAGGACCUGGACCAGGAGCUUGCCCGCGAGGCCGGCGAGUUCGCCGAGGAUGACUUGGCGUACGGAUCUGAAUAUCCGUCCGCCUCUUCUUCAGCCACGUCGGACGAGGAAUCCGACGCGGAGGGCACCAGCACGACGUCUGGCACGCAAGCAGGCGCGAGCGGCAGCGAGCUCGGUCAGACUGAGGGACCGGGCGACGCCGACGCGCUUUUUGCUUGA